AUGGAGAAGCCAAGAAAGCGCGAAUUGCGCGACCUCAAUGCCGGAGCAUGGACAGGAGAGAAAGAUCUCUAUCCCGUACAUGCGACCCUCGACUCUUCCAUGAAGAAAAACACCACCUUCAUCAAACGGCUACGCACUUCAAUCACUGCCUCAACGCAGUCCACCUUCCUUUCCGAGGUCUCCUCGCUGUCACUCACCAAAUACCUCUCUGAGAUCCUCUCCGCCUGUUAUGAAGGACUCUGCAAGCUCAAAAACCCCGCCGACAUCGCCGCUGCUGUGGAGAUCGUCUCCGCGUUGCAUCAACGUUUCGGCCCCGACGACUUCACCAAAUACCUUGGCUGGUUUCUAGGACGAGGGCUCGCGACACCAGAGAGGACGGUUCUGAAGGCGUUGGCGCCAGAUGUCAGGGAAAAGGAAGAAAAGGAACGACUUGCCAGGCAGCGCGUGCUGCUGAGGGUCGUUACGGAGCUAUGGCUGGUUGGCGUGCUCAGGAGUUUGGAGGAUGUGGCCAGGCCGGAAGAGGCGGCUGCCGCUUCGGCGGGUAAGGGCAAAGACGGACCGUUGCCCGGGGAGAGCCUCGGUGGGAAGAAGUCAAUUCCAAACGGUGCAAAGGCUCAUGGACAACUCGAUGCGGAACCGUUCCCACUCGAGGUUCUCAAGGAUAUGCUAGGUCAUGAUCGAGACCAUGUUAACUUGCCACUUGUGGUAUUGUUCGUGAAGUCCUUUUCGUGGGAUAUCCUAGGCGCCAAAAUUUCUUCGGCCGACGGUCGAAAGACGGUUAACGAGGAUGGUGUUAUAGUGGCAGGGACCACGGCGAAGGGUGAGGACUCAGCAUCUUCUGGCGAGGAUGACAUAACAUCCCAGGACCCGCCUAUGACUUCUCCAGAACUUCGAGAGCGGUUCUGCAACAUCCUCAACCGGUACUUUGAAGACGUCAAGUCGCAUAUUGUCCGCGACCAGAGGCACCUCAAUCAACAAAGCCGUCGAAAUGCGGAGGCCUAUGUCAAGUCCGGGGAGGUCUUUGAAGAUCGACAGGCUAACUACGAGAAGAUGGUAAAAGCACAAGAAAAGCUGAUCUCGAACGCUCAAAUCCUGGCAGAAGCGGUUGGUGGUGAGAUACCAGAUCUGAAAGAGAGGGAUGCGUCCCAGCAACUCGGGGACGGCUCGAUCGGCCUUGUCAAAGCAGGUGAUUAUUUGCGAGGCCAGGGAGAUGGCGCUGGGAUUUGGGAGGACGAGGAGGAGCGGCGCUUCUACGAAAAUCUGAUUGACCUCAAAGAUCGUGUCCCGGCCAUUCUUCUCGAGACGAAAAAGAAGAAAACCGAUGUCGACGAACCAGUCGGAAAGAAAGCGGAGGGCAAGGAUAGUGAAGACGCUGAUCAGAAACCCACCGGUGAGAGCGAAGAUGCCAAAUCAGCGGCCGAUACGGAAGACCAGUCCACGGCGAUCGCGAACAAAUCUGUAGGCGCUCAGGUCGACAUCCUGUUGGCUCAGUUGCCGGAAAUGACCAACAAGGACAUGGUUGACGAGAUCGCCAUUCAGUUCUGCUUCUUGAACUCCAAAGCCUCCCGAAACCGGAUGAUCAAAGCGGUCCAGGAUAUUCCCAAGGGCCGUACCGACCUCCUACCGCUCUACUCGAGGCUCGUUGCUACACUUGCGAAAUACAUGCCCGACAUCUCUCAGGGGAUCGUGAGCCAUCUGGAUGAAGAGUUCAAAAGUCUUCAGCGCCGCAAGCAGAAGGAGUUCCUUGGUCAAGUGCGAAUGAUGAACGUUCGGUACCUUGCCGAGCUGACCAAGUUCGGCGUCGUUCCCGAACACAUCAUAUUCCAUUGCCUUCGUGUCUGCCUGGAUGACUUCUCUCGCAUGAACAUCGAGAUCAUGAGCACUUUGAUGGAGAAUUGCGGACGAUACCUGAUCAGAAACCCCGACACGUCCGUUCGGAUGUCAUCGUUCCUGGAGACCGUGCAACGGAAGAAAUCGGCCCAACACCUCGGGCAACAAGAGCGGAUGUUGAUCGAGAAUGCGUGCUACUACGUCAACCCACCUGAGCGAGCGGCGAUUGAGCAAAAAGAAAGGACGCCCAUCGAGUUGUUCCUCCGGAAAUUGAUCUACUUAGAAUUGAAGCGAGGCACAUUGGACAAAGUUGGCAAACAGAUUCGGAAAAUGCACUGGGAAGAGCCUGAGGUGGUUGCAGUUUUGCGAAAGAUCUUCUCCAGACCGGGAAAGCUAAAGUACAGCAACAUCCAUCUGCUCGCCGUCAUGCUAGGCAUGUUGAAUCGAUACCAUCAGGACUUUGCCAUCUCCGUGGUCGAUGAUCUGCUCGAGUCUAUCAUAUUCGGGCUGGAGCUAAAUGACUUCAAAUUCAAUCAGCGACGGAUUGCCGAAGUGAAAUAUUUGGGAGAGCUCUACAUUUACCGAAUGGUAGAUUCGCCGGUGAUCUUCGAUACCCUUUACAAGAUCGUCACCUACGGGCAUGAGGAUGGUAUUCCGAAUCCGGGCAAGUACAGCCCUCUGGAUCAGCAGGAUGACUUCUUCAGAAUCCGUCUGGUAUGCAAUGUGCUCGAAACAUGUGGCGUGUAUUACAGCAAAGGAGCAGCGAAGAAGAAACUCGACUUCUUCCUGACCUUCUUUCAGUACUACAUCCACACGAAAGCACCCAUGCCAAUGGAUAUUGAAUUUGUCGUGCAAGACGGUUACGCUGCGACACGUCCGCAAUGGAAGCUAGCCACAUCGAUUGAGCAAGCAUCCAAAGAGUUUGCCGAUGCCGUCAAGCAAAACUACCAAUCCACAGGCCCAGAGAAACCCACAGAGGCAGAUGAAGCCGAAGACUCUUCUGCUUCUGAGGACGGCGUGGAUGAUGACCGACUGGAUGUUGAAGAUAUCGACGAUGACAACUCGUCUGAGGGCGAAGACGGAAACGAAGUCGAGGAAGAGGUACGGGAGGAGCACGACGAGUCCGAAGAUGAAGACGAUGAGGAUGAAGAAGAAAACAUCGUUGUCACUCGACCGGAGGACGAGCGUGAUCCUGAACUCGAGGCGGACUUCGACCGAGAGCUGGCCAAAAUGAUGGCUGAAAGCUUAGAUUCUCGCAAAGCCGACCGGAAGCCGGUAUUCGAUGUUCCGUUGCCUAUUCGACGCAGCCAACAACGUGAUCCAUCCACUGCUUUGGAUGAAGGGGCGUCCGAGAAACCUGAGGUUCACGUGGAGCAGUCCACUAUGGUGAAGUUCUCGCUAUUGAGCAAGAGGGGCAAUAAGCAACAGACCAAAGCCAUCGACCUUCCGUCCGACUCCAGCUUUGCCGUCGCCAUGCGUACCCAGCAGCAGGCCGAGCGGGAAGAACAGCAGCGCAUCAAGAACCUUGUGCUCAACUAUGAUCUCCGCAAUGACGACACUGAUGGUGAAGACGCCCUUUCUAUUCCCCAUCUUCCCCCUAACUUGAACCGGAAACGAAGCCGGCCUGAACCCGCUCAGUGGCGCUCCAGCGCCCGUGGAGUGAAACGCGUCGGUGCCGGACGUGGUGGUGUGCCGAGUGCUGGGGACGAGAACCGGACUCCCCGUAGUCGCACAUCUUCAUGA